AUGUCACAGACCAUUCGUGCAGUAGACAUCCGCGGCGGCACCGGUCCCGUAGACAGCCUCUACAUUACGGACGUGCCCAAACCCACCAUUGGCCCCAAUGACGCCCUUGUCAAAGUAAAAGCCUUUGGUCUCAACCGAAUGGACCUUCUCCAGCGCGAGGGCAACUAUCCUCUGCCUCCAUGGGCGCCCAAGACCCUUGGUUGCGAAUUUUCCGGUAUCAUUACCGAACUGGGGUCGAGUCCAGAGCCGGGAUUCGAGGUGGGCGAGGAAGUUUUUGGACUGGCCUACGGAGGUGCAUAUGCUGAAUAUAUCGCCGUAUCUACAAAAAUGCUGGCCCGCAAACCUGACGAAAUGACUUUUGUCCAGGCAGCUAGUAUCCCAGAGACAUACAUGACCUCCCUGUUAGCAAUGUACAUUACCGGCGAAUUCAAGGCCGGUAAAUCUAUACUGUGGCACGCCGGCGCCUCUUCCGUUGGCAUUGCGGGAAUCCAGCUCUCCGUGACGGGCGGCGCGUCUGCAGUCUUUGCCACUGUCGGAUCCGACAACAAAGUCGACUUUUGCGAACGCGACCUCGGCGCCACAAAGGCAUUCAACUACCAUUCGCAGGACUGGUCACAGGAAGUGCUCAACGCAACUGGUGGGAAAGGUGUUGAUGUGAUUAUUGAUGCAGUGGGGGCCAGUCAUUUUCAGGGCGACCUCAACGCCGCCGCCCGCGACGGCCGCAUCGUCAACCUCGGCUGGCUCAGCGGGACUGUCCUCCCCGGCGGCGUCGACAUCAAGCACUUCAUCGACAAGCGGCUGCGGUACGAGGGCACGACGCUGCGCAGCCAGGAACUCGACUACCAGCACCGCCUGCGCGACCUGCUGGAGGGCUACAUGGACCGGUUCCGGGACGGCACGUUCAAGGUCGUGGUCGAGAAGGUGUUUCCGUGGGAGCAGAUAGUCGAGGCGCACCGCCUCAUGGAGAAGAAUGUGAGUAAAGGCAAGAUUGUGUGUACUGUGGAUUAG